CCAAUAAGAAAUGUGAAAUAUAAAACAUAUGAAAAAUCUGCAAAUUGUGUGCAUCUGUGUGGGUGUAUGCAGGUGCGUGUGGGUGCCGUGUGAGCGCAUGCAUGUAUACCGACAACCCUGAGAGCCCCAGACAACAACACAAAAGAAAUGCAACAGUUCAUGCGCGAGCGAGAUAGCCAGCUGUUCUGUUCGUGCGUGUGGGUACAAUUUAGGCCUCGCUCGAAGGUCACGAGCUGCAGAAAACGCACUCUCUUCCCCAUCCUGCUUUAUCCUGCUUGAGGGGCGGCAGACAACACUCUCGUUAUCUCCUUCGUUUUCCUGCAGGAAGCUCUGUCCUUCUCCAUCCAUCCAUCCAGCAGCGGAAAACGCAUUUCAGAUGGGGUUUUGAGUGUCUUUCAACUGGUGUUUGCAGCGCAGAAAUACACAAAAUAGAGUAAAAAAUUAAUUAAAAAUAGCAAAAAGAACAGCAUGGACGAGGACAGCAGCAGCAGCAGCGGGAGCGACAAACCCAAAACCCACUCGAAGUCAACAUCCACCGAGGACUCGCUCGGCGUCAGCACAACAUCAUCCACAUGGACCAUUCUACCAUCGGACAGGAUCGAGAUGGUGUUGGACAAUCCCAACCGCAACGAAGAGGCCAAAGUCCCAGGGGAGUCCCAGUGCGGCGACUCCGACGAAAAGCAUGAAAACGACAGAUGCAACCUGGCCGUGGUGGAGGACUCCCAGGCGGAUGACAUUUCCGAUGGCAUUUCCAUCAUCAGCGACUGCGAGAGCACCGAUCGCAUUUCACCCCAUCCCUUUCUGCGCGACACCCUGGCCGACCUGAACUUCAACGAGCUACCCAACACCCCCCUGCGGCUUAGUCCCAGAAAUAUAGAAGGAUUGCCGCUGACGCCGCCGCCACCGCCCCCGCUCAGGCAGCGACGCCACAAGCAUACCGAAACGGAGCCGUAUGUGCAGCCAGAGUUGAAUUUAUUGCAGCAAGAAACGAAGCUUGAGACCCUAUAUCGUAUGUAUCCGGUUAUGCAGAACAGCCUUACGGCCGUCUUCUAUGUGGGCGCCACUCUGGCCAUACUGGGCUUCAUCGGGAAGCUACAGCAUCCCGAGUGGCCGGGUUUUGGCAGCGACAAGCCCAUAGCCGAGCUGGAGCGCCGAUUGGGGGAGCUGGAGAUGUCGAACAACCUGAUGCGGGCCGAGAUCGACAUAAUGUCCAAGCAACUGCAGUACCUAAGCUCCGGACAGGGUCCAGCCUAUGCCCCAGAUGGAUACUACAAUGCCUAUGCCCAGGAGCAAGGGGGAAUGGAAAAUCGCCAAGGCAAAAAGUACAAGAAGUUCAAGGCCUGGCCCGGACUCGGCGACUCACUGGAACCGUUGGACAUAACAAAGGAGGACCUCAAGAAGCCCCACAAAUGCCGCGAUGGCCAGUACGUGAAGUUUGCCGCCAUGUGCUUGGAAAGUCCGCUACCGGCUCCCGAAUCUCUGGUAGAUGAGAUCGGUGAUGCUGUCCACGAUGUGCUGCAACAGUCUCAAGCCUUUCGCAACUUUGAAAAGGUCACCGAGAAACUAGGCACACUAGGCACUGACGGCGCCGAGGACGAGGGCGACGCCACUGGCACAAACGAAGCAAAGGCUUUCCAUCCAGAUGGUAGACAACAGGCAACAGGCAAUGGCAACGGCAAUCCCCAUAAACAACCCAAGCCGAAGGUGGAUCGAUACAAUGACAAGUACUCGCCGAAUGCCUCCAAGGAUCGGUACAACGAUAAGUACAAUCCGAAUCACUCGCACGAAGGCAAGCGGGAUAAUGGUCGCGGCAGGAGCAAGGAGGACCAUUCGAAGGAGUACAACAACAAGAGGCGUCACAACGACGAUCCAUCCAGGCGCGAGCGGGAGCGGGAACGGGAGGAGCGCUUCAACAAGAACGGCAAGAAGCAGCGCCAUACUAGCGGCGAGCGGGACGAGAGCGAUGGCGAUGGCGAUGGCAGCGGCAGUGGCGAAUGGCACGGGAAAUUGAUGCAGCAUCGCGAGCAGAGUCGCCACAGACACGACCAGAAGCGCAAGGACAACAAAAACUGGUACAUUGAGCGCGGCGAUGGCCGCGAGCAGGCGCGCUCCACCGAAGCAGGACGCUGAAUGGCCAGUGGAAAAUGGACUUGGUGGAAGAGAAGACGUUGGAUGUUGAAUGUUGGAUGUUGGAUGUUGGCACGCAUGUAUUUUAAUCCCAAAUGUUAGCUUAAGGACAACCUACGCACCGAUGCGUAUAUGGAUUUGUGUGUUGGUUUCGAACCUAGUUUAUGUAUAUCCUUUCGACAAUUGCUACCAGUACAGUGCGUUUCGAGGCAAUAAGACAAAGACAGAAAGUAUCUCAAAGGAAAUGAAGAAAUGUUUUUCAAAACUAUUUCCUAUAUACUAGACUAUAUAUAAGUUUUAUUAUAGUUUCUCAUGGUUCUAUAAUGGAUGUUUAUUGGAUGAUUUGACAAGUAUUUUAUUAUAUGUUGUCCUUUUAAAUGAAACUUCAUGGCUUUUCCAUUAUGAUUUCAUAUUUCAUUGUUAUUUUGUAUUUGAAAAAGAAAAUCAAACAAAGGCAUUUGAUUUUAUAUUUGUAAAAUAUGUUUUCUUGUAUUUAAAUCAAAGGAAAUAUUUGCAAUUUGCCAAAUCUUGAUGUGCUGUCUUUUUGGCAAGGAAACGCACUGUACAACUGGAAAGCUUGACUCUGGUCGAGCAAUGCACGUGCUUAAAAAAUAAUAUUUAUAUAUGUUAGUCGGGUCUUCGGUUUUGACGAAGCUAGAGGCAGGCAUACUACUCCCAGCAAACCCCAACAAACCAAAAACAAAACAAAAAACUACAAAACCCAUACUUAAAACCCAAUCGCUUUGUAUGUGUACAGUUGAAGUCGACCAUGUUGAAUAAUCUUAAUGUAACGUAUUGAUGUAUAUCAUAAUAUGACUACGAAUAUCCUAUAUGUAUAAAUCGGUUCCAUCCGCUUGUGGGUGUGGUUCCUUGCCUAAGUUCCAGCUCAACCUAAGAGAUAGACCUGGCCCCCCAGCUGUGGGUCUGUCAUCAAAAGCAAAAUCAAUUUCCUUUCAACGAGUAUAACGAAUCCUUUUCUUUUUGUUUUGUUUUUAAAUUAUCAAAAGCUUUCGCCUAAAGUUAUAUAUUACCAUAUAUAUAUAUAUUUGUGAUACAUAUACUUACAUGUUUUUUUUUUUUGUGUUUAGACUAGAGGAAUAAUUUAUAAAUUAUUGUACCAUAAUAAAACGACAAAAUCCUUGAAAGCUAGUUCGAAAAGAAAAAACGAAAUAUUUUUGUAUGCAUGUUCGUUCGUUUCGAAAUUUGAGAAUUUAUUGAUGUACAUGUGUAUACGUCUAUGUAUGUAUGUAUGGAUCUAUUUAUGUGCAUGUCGGUGUACUGUACCCCCAAAUAUAUAUAUUGCAGAAAUAAAUAAACUAUCCCAAAAACCCAUA